UAUUGAAGGAUGAAUAAUUUGCUAAUUUGAUGAAACUUAUUUGAUAGUUUUAAUAAUGGUUUCUAGACCUGUAUUCGUUUCCGAGUUAGGAUCAUUGCGUUUAGCUGAAAUAGAAGAUGGAGCUAAAAUAUAUGACUUAGUAAAUAAAAGUAUGGCUGACAACUUUCGUAUCAAUACAUGUAACGACGUUAUUCACUUAAUAAAAACCUGCGUGUUAUCCAUAUGUCAAUUGAAUGAAAGCGAUCACGUGGCUGGGUUUUUAGCCUUGCAAGAUUUUCCGCUAAUACCCUCAGUGUGCGAAACAUCAUGGGAGGAUUAUGUCUGGACGAAAUAUAAAGCCGUGGAAUUAUCAGCAAGAAAUACGUUAUUUGUGCAUUUAAUGUGUUGGAGUACAAAUUACGGGCGAGAGAUUGUUGAUAAUAUGCUUAGAUCUGUGUUUAUGCAUGACCCAUAUCUUCAAUACAUCGCAAUGAUGAAAAGCAUACCAAGCAAUACUGUUCUAGUGCCCGGUCAGCCGCGUUACGAGAUGUCGUUUAGACGUGUACAGGUGAUGGAGCGAGGCAUACCCGGUGACAAACUGCCCUCAUUACAGAUCGCGGAGAGAAAUGAUGUUUGCUUAAAACUGCGAAUUAGGAGAGCCGUGGAAGAAGACAACGACGACUUGCUUCCAAUAAUAGAGAGACGUUCGCGACGCAUGCGUGACCUCUACGGAGAUUAUUACAUUAGUGAACUCAUAUCACGCCACCCUGAAUCCGAACGGGUCAUACUUGUCUGCGAGCAUAAGGAAUUGGCCGUUGGCGUGAUGUGUCUCAACACCCAAAUCAACUUCGAGGCUUUAGAGGAGAGCUUUGAACUGUCCCCGUUCGCGGGACUCAGGCACCUUGAAGAUAAAUCCAAUAUAAAACAAAGCAAGGACGCCGAGUCGACUCUCAGUCUUCUAGGAAUACAAAACAAUGUUAAUCAAGCCAGUGACCCUAGCGUUAGUCCUCCCGUAGAUGGGGAGUCGGAGGUUAAAUCUGGUAUGAUACAAGAAGACUUAGAAAGGGCGGAUAGUUUUGCUCAAAGGAUGAAAGAAAAAGAUUUAUCUUCACAAGUGUCGCAUCUCAGUACUAAAGCUCAGUUGGAUAUCAUGAAUCUUUUGGAUGACGACGAGGAAGAGUUGGAAUUCGAUAUUGUUAACAUUGAUACACAUUUGUUAAGAAUACCACGGUUACUAUCGUACGACGAACUUUCGAAAGCAGCAAUGGGGGGUGUUGCUAAUUUAUCUAAAAUAUUAGACGAUAGACGACGAGAUUCUUUGUCAUUUACCGAGGAAAAGUGUAUAAAGAGAGACAAAAUGAAAAAAUCUCUAUCAACUGCACCUCCUGGAAAGUUGCCAGAGCCGCCGAGGUAUUCAGGCCCUCCUAACGCAUUUAUAAUCGAACUGUUCGCAAUGCAUCCGGAUUAUGACGAAAGAUUUGGUUUUCAGUUACUAGAAGCGGCAUUCGAAACGUUUCCAGGCAGAGACUAUUGUGUCAUGUGCUUGCCUUCAAGCGAACCGUCUUUCCCUUUGCUUGAACAUUUCACGCUAGUAACGCCUUACAACACUAUCGGACGAUUCGUUAAUGAAUCUCUAUUUGUUGCGCAUAUAAAUUCUGUUAAAGGUGAAGUGAGCGUUCGUUUCGCGGAGGAGUACGACAUCCAAUACCUGAGCGACAUCCUCGAGCACGCGCCACGCAAGAACGAGCUCAUCGAGCUGAUCGAGUCCAGCUUCUCCAGCGAUGUCCUCAAAACCUACGUGCUGGCCAGCAGGAACCAGCCCGUUGGAGUCGUCGUGCUAGCGCCUAUAGAAGAUCCAAUAUCGUUGCGGGUUCAAUAUGCGUUAGAACCUGAACCAUAUCGUGCAGGAAGUGAUGGUAACAUAUUGGGCGGUGUUUUGUCCCCUGCAAUGGAGCCACACAGUCGCUGGUACAUGCGCGAUGUUCUGCGGCAAAGUCCGUACACACAACUAUUCUGGACUUGUCGCCUACUAGCUAAAGGAGAUUCAAGUCCUGCUCGCAACCUGAUGUCAAUGGCAAGUCACAUGACACCUGUACCUCCAUACCGUCUCGCGGGUAAAAAUGAAAAAGAGAAGGCCAAAGAAAGCUCCGCACCUUUUGCGCUCUGGACAGUUGACCGGCCGAUGACCAGUCUGCCGAAAAUCUACAUCAACCGAAAUAUUGUUGUGGUGGGCGCCAGCCGCACUGGUCUUUCAUUUCUAGAGACAUUAAUAAUGGGACCAACUUCUCCGUACUUGACGUUUACAAAUAUUACUUUGGUGUCGGAACACGGUCUGCCGACUGUGGGCGAGUGCUUGCGCGCGGCGGACCGCUGUGUUCCGCGCGACGGUCGCUACACGGACAGAUAUCUGAAAAGUGUACCCUACUAUUUCUAUAUGGACGUUGUGCCUGGGAUUAUGAUUAAAAUUGACAGACAAAAGAAAUGCAUCUAUUUAAAAGGUGGGUUGGUGAAGCAUUACGACGAUUUGGUGUUGACUUGUGGUCAGCAGUUCCAACAUCCGGAUUACUUGAAGGAUCAGUUGGCGCGAGAUCGACUGUUAAAGGAAAAAAAGAUAAACUGCGACAAAUUGCCUAUGGACAACCCAUUGUACCGACCUGAUAGAGUAUCAGGAUUUACGGAGAUGCCGGAGAACUUGAUGCUCAUUAAUUCACUGUUCGACGCAAACACGGGCCUCAGGAAAUUACUAAGGAUGAUAUCUGACUUAAAAGAAUCAUACAACGGUUUGAAUGAAGAUAAUAAAAUCAUAGUAUACGGUGACUGUAUAGACGCUUAUUCUUGUAUCGCUGCUUUACUUGAAUUAGGUAUUGCGGCUGAUAUGAUCACGUUUGUUGAACCGUUCCCACCUGAAGACACUAAUGCUUUAAGAGUAAACUGCUUUAAUAACGAAACAGUCGAUGAACGAGUACAAACAAGUCUGUCAGAUCUAGGCAUCCAGGUGUACCGGCGUUGCUAUUACACGGGUUGGAAGCUGUCGGGCGCUCGCAUCGAACUGCUGCAUUUUAUGACGCACACGCAGGCUAUCACAUUAUCCUGUUUUACUUUCUUUUACUACGGAAUUAAAGCCAUUGAUGUCAAUUCUUUUAAAGCAAUAACGGAGAGUGGAUUAGUAUACGACGGGGGGCUGGUGGUGGGCACGGGCUUUGAAACGAACGACCCGAGCGUGCAUGCGGCGGGCACUUGUACUAAGUACUCGCGUCGCUUGUACGCGCAAUCGCACGCACAGAAGUAUUACUCCUCGGAAGAUGUUGGAGAAGCCUUGGCAGCACUAUUUCUACAAAAGUUAGAUCCAUUUAUGAGUUCGAUUGCAGAUCUUGAUCUUUGUCCAUCAGAAAUUAUCUCUCGAUACAGCUCCAGUGUUUUAGGAUGUAAAAGUUCCAUUUACGGCAGCAACUACAGUAAUGAAUCGCGAUUCCAAUUGCCCACAUGUAGACGUUGGCAGCCUGUGAUGAAGUUCUAUUCGCCGAUCACACAUUCGGCCACAUUGCCGGGUCCUCUCUACUAUCUUAAGAUCAGGAGGCCCGGGAUUGAGAUACCGAUGGCUGUGCAAAUGGCGUUACCACUGCAGGGUCAUACUUUACAAACGGAUAAAAACGGCAACUAUUUCCGCUUGCAAUUAAACGCACUGCAUUGCGUUGUGUUGGUCACUUGCUUGUCUAAGAAACCUUUCCCAUCAGAGAACCUUACACAACUGUUCGGAAAACAUGAGGCGUUCUUUAAUAAGCUACUAGUUAGAUACCAGAUGAAACAGAUAGAUGAUUUGUACGAAUUCUUCUCCCAGCCUUGGAUGACAGCGAUGUAUCAAAUGACAUUUAAGAAUUUAAUGAACGAUAUAAAUGACCAAGAUGUAGGCACUGUUUACGAUCUCUUGAAAUCAACUUUCUAUCUUCUUGGCGAUCACCGACCACCCGUGGAAUCUGAGUAUGGUAUAGAAGCUGUUUAUUCAGGAUAUGGACCCGCUGAGGUGCAAGAUCUGGGUACUUUCCGGUCUGUCAUAGACAAGUUUGUCGGAAGAACGAGCCAAGAAGUGGCUCGUAUUCCCGAGGAUAUACCUUCGGAAUGUGGACAAAGUGCGGCCAUCAGAGACGAGGCUCUUGGCUUCUGGAAGGCAGUGGGAGGCGAGCGUAUCGUAGUAGCCCAUCUUUCACGAUACCUCAAGCAGAACUACGCGACCAAUCCGCAGUAUGCUUUGCCAAAAUCUGAUUAAUGUCGCUGUUACUUUAUGUUUUUAAUAUAUUGGUGAGUAAU